GAGGGUGGCCGGAAUGUGGGGAGAAGGGAGCGAGCCGGAGUGGGUGGGUCUAUUGGAGGAGGCGAGAUUUCACUGCAAUACCUGGGAAGACUUCAUGGGUGCAGACAGACGAAGCCCCCCCCGGCUGGGCAUCCUAGGCAACUCAACCAUCACUUUCGUCGUUCUGAACCCCGCCUUGUCGAGUGUCUUCAACCGGGAGUACGUCGCCGUCACAGUGGGAGAGCAAAUGGGAAAGACGUUGUCACAGUUUUCUGCAGCGUCGGGCAUUCGCCACUGGAGUUCGAUUCGGAGUGAAUCUCGGAACAAGGACUGUCAGCGAUGUGCCUGGGAUGAGCACGUCAAGGAGAUAGCUGGUCGGCGCAUGUCGGUGGAUCAACUUCUCGACUUUUAUGCCAAACUGGGUCCCAAAAGGACGACUGGGGAGUUACGCAUGACGCAUUUUGACCCUGCACGGUCUACUACGACGGACGUUGUCCGCCACGUCGUGAUCCCGGAGUCGCGCUGCGGUGACACAGGCAAGGCCUUGGCGGAAGUUGUGCAAAGCUCAUCGCGGAUGUGUUGCCGUCCCAGCUCUUCCCCGACGGUGCGCAUGGUGACGCAUCACUGGGCAAACAGGUUUAGGGAUCUCGUCGCAGCUGUUGUUGCGGACAGUUUAGGCCUCAAGCGCUGGGACAGCAUCGCAGAUGAGUUGUCGUCUGGUAGAGGGGAGGCCUUGAGGUCAAGGCUUCAGGGCCAAGGGUCACUGCACUGGGAGUACUGGAUCUGCGCAUUCUGCAUCAAUCAGCAUGCCAGCAUUUGUGAUGUUGCUAUGGGUGCCCUCGACACUGUCACGGGCGAGCCCUUGCCGACUUGUGACUGCAGUACACCAAAGUACUUAAAUGAUUCUCCAGUUCAGUGCGAGCUGAACAAGUUUGACAGCAUGAUGGCUUACCUUCACCAUCGUUAUCACCAACGCUUUCUGCAAGUUGUUGCGACUGACAAAAGCUUUAACCUCUUCUCGCGUGCGUGGUGCAUAGCCGAGCUGGUCCAGGAAGAGAACUCGGCACAACUGGAAUCACUGCGAGUCGCUUCGCAGUGA